CCAUACACCGUGACAAGAGCCCAUUUAAAACCAUCUGCCUUAUCAUGCAAAUUAAACUUAAUAAAGAAAUCCCCUUCCGUGAUGGCACCAACAUCAAAGACAUCAGCGUCAAUUCCCAACAACAUCCCCCCAGAUCUACCAUGAGGUUCUUUGCAAUGCCAGAUAAAAUUUUUCCCAGCACACAAAUUCCUUAGUAGAUGAUCUGGGAAGGAUUUGCGGCCUGUUUCAGAGAGGGCAAUAAAAUUGAGACCGUGUUCUUUGGUCAGAUCCGAAACGUAUCUAAGCUUUUUCAAAUCCUUGAACCCAUUGCUGUUCCAAAAGAUUCCUUUCAUUGGCAAACAAUUAAUUAAUAAUCAAGCCCGACCUUUUUUGUUAGAACACAACGAACCCUGACUAGAUGGUUUUGUACAGACUGACUUAAUCAGCCCAUCAGUGCCAUCCAUCUCUUCAUUCAUAAUAUCCCCACACAAAUGAUUUAAAAUGAAAUGAUCAAACUCUUCGUCCUCUACUACUCCCUUCCCCAUAAAAUCAGAUAAUUCAGAGCUCCUCCAGGAGCUUGUUUCAUGGUCACGUCACCUAUGUUGGGGCCAAUUAGGGUAUCCUUAGUAUGUAGCGCGAGCCCCAACCACCAUAGGCCAAGGAUUUCGGAUAUAUCGCAACUACAAAAGGAGGGGUCCUCCAGAGGGAAAGGAAGGUCGUACCAGGAUAAAGAUGACUCUGAGAACAUCGAUGAAUAUGAUAGCGAUAUCAUGUUCUCCAGGAAUGGACCACCUAUCUCUUUGGCAAGCACUUCCCGUCCUCAAGACACUUCAGCUCCUGGGGAAAGAGAGAUGGAGAUUGUGGAGCUCUUUAAAAGGGUUCAAGCACUGCUGCGAGCUAGGGUGAAAGGCAGGGAAAAGAAGCCUGAACCUGCAAAAGUGCAUGGCGAAAGGGGCAGUGUUGAUUCACUUAUUAAGUUGCUUAGGAAGCACUCUGUUGACCAGAGAAGGAAGAGCAGUGACGAGAAAGAGCAGAAUUUUGGUGUAAUGAGGAGAAGCAAUGAUUCUGGAAAUAGACGAGGUUCAACCAUCUUUGGCACAAAAAGUGACAUCCAGGAAGAGCAGAAGAAGCAACCUCCGGCACCCUUCAAAAGGCCAGCUUCAAAUUUCAGGCGAAGGUCUCCUGUUCCUGGAGUGAAGUUCCAGCCUGUUAUCAAUGUGGAUGUAGACACAGAUGCCGAUCGCAAGUCUAUGCGCAAUAAUGUUGCCGAUGCUGUACAGAUGGCUAAGACAGCUCUUGAUGAGAGGACUGCUACAGAUGAGCCUGACUACAUGUCUCCAUAUGAACCUGAUUCUGUAAUCGAGGCAGAGAACAUUUCGUUGGACGACCUCGAUGACAUUUCAGACGAUGACGAAGAAUCUGAUGCUGGUGAACCAGACAACGAGUAUCCAGAACUGUCUUUGGAAAUCGCUGAUGUUACAGAUAUAGAUGAAUUGCACGAAAGUUCAGAUCUAAGCUCUCUGAAGGUUGCAGAGCUGAGGGAGCUUGCAAAGUCCCGAGGAAUCAAAGGCUACUCAAAGACGAAGAAAAACGAGCUGAUUGAAGUCUUGAGCAGCAGCAUGGCAUGGUGAUAAGUGGGUGAUGUUGUCGACCUGUCAGCAUGGUCUGUGCUGAUCUUUUGCUGGUUCAUCUUGUACAUUAAGCUGAAUUCCAUGCUGAGUGGAGUAACGUAAGCCGAGAGAGACUGAGAGGCUAGCUGUUCUUGGUCUUUUCCGCAGAGUUGACCUAUGGCUAUUGAUCUGGUGCUGCCGCUGUCUUUGUCGUUGUUGUUCUCAAACGUUGCGGUUUUUACCUGGGUGAGAUUAGCUCCGUACAGGCAAUUCCCCUGUUGCCACAUGGUGUUGCUUUGCUUGCAUUGCACCCUUCUCUCUCUCUGCAUCAAUUAGUACAAGAUGGUGCUGUGCUGCAACAACGCCUGUUGUUUUCGUAGGACAGUGCCACAAUAUUUACCCUAUGUAUGAACAAGAACAUGUCCUCUUCCUUAUCUCUUCGCAU